AUGGCCUCGACGCCGUCUAUACGCCAAUUCAUUGCCUGUGUGCGAUGCGUGCGCCAAAUACCCAGCGCCAAUGGCACGCGCCGCCUGCUUUCGACGUCGGCGGUAGCCCGUGAAGAAGUGCAGACACAGCCCACGAAUGCGACUCCGCCGUCAAACCCCAAAGAGGGCGCUGCCCAAAAUGCUGCUCCCGACCAAGUUCCAGAAUACAUGCAGAAAUGGGGCACGCUAGACCCUCAAAUGGUGGAGAACAAGAAGCAGGAACGUCGACUUUUGCGAAGAGAGCAUGUGCAGCCUGUUGGAUCCCGCCGUCGUCGUGCAGUCCUUCGUCGUUCCGCCAUCCAGAAGGCCGCCGAGAUUCCUUUUGAACAAUUACCCUAUCAAUGUUUUCAGGAGGCUAGAAAGGUCUUGCUCGAGGACAGACAGGAGAAAAUCAAGGACAUCGAGAGACAGCAGCUGCGGAUAAAGAACUUAAUGGCCCAAGAUGCUAGCCUGAGCGGGGGCGAAAUAGCCAAGCAUCAAAAGCUGCGAAGUAUGAGGAAUUACUUGGAUAUGUUGGUCGUUCUGGCCGACAUCAAUGACCCGGUGGUGAAGCGCAAGUUCGAGGAUGGCCUGGGCGACAUGAACAAGCCCAUCUACCGUUACCUCGCAGACAAAAAAUGGCGGCAAUACAAGCGUCUCGUGCUUGAACAGCGCAUCACCCAAUUAGCAAUCAUUCCCGACAUUUUUCCGUCGUUGAACCUUGAGGCAGAUAUCGAUCUUGGUUUCGGACGAAGAAAUGUUGCACCUGGCGACUUUGUCGAUUCUGCCAUCUCGGAGAACAUGCCUCGCCUGAACGUCCAGACCUUCACGCCAGGAGAGAAGCUAGUCACAGUCGUCGUUGUGGAUGCCGAUGUGCCGGUACAACAGAGCGACAGCUUCACGUACCGAUGCCAUUUGAUUGCCUCAAACAUCCCAAUCUCGCCAACUAGCACAUCCAUACCACUCCAGCGUAUAGCACAGGAAGACCAAAAGAAGGCAGACCCGAGCGCUAAGAAGAUUACACUACCGUGGGUUGCUCCCAUCUCUCACAAGGGUGCGCCGUAUCAUCGUCUUGGCAUCUUUGUCUUUGAGCAAUAUCGCGCAAAGCCGUUGGAUGUUACCAAGUUUGCCGACACCGAGCGCUUCGGAUUCAAGCUUCGAAGCUUUGCCGACAAAAACAAGCUUCGCGCCAUUACCGCUACGCUGUUCAGGACGAAAUGGGAUGACAGCAUGGCCGGCGUCAUGGAGCGUGCCGGUAUGAAGGAUCAAAUCGACGUCGAGUUCAAGAGGAAGAGGGUGGAGCCGCUUCCAUACAAGAGACGGACAGAGCGCAUGCGUACUGCUCACUACAUGGGGCUGCUUUGGAAUUCUGUAAUGGUGUCUUUUGCAAAGACGAGCAAUGUUGGCUGA